AUGGCAUGUGCGCUCCUCUUCAGUCGCCGGUGCACAAAAACAGCAGUGUGCGUCCUGUCCGUUUUCCUCUCCUACGUGGGAUACUGCGCCCUAUUCCACGCGGACCCACUCAUAUUAGGGGAUCCAGUGCCCAAAUGCAAUCAGGCUGAUGGUGGCUCCCGGCGUCUGCGCCUCUCAUGCGCCUCGGCUUCUUCUUCGCCUCCGUCCGGUGCGGCCAAGAGGCCACCUUCUGCGCUCCUCCGCGCCAAGAGCGACACGCCCAGCCCGCCCAUCAGCCACCCAAAGUUUGGGAAUAAGAAGUUACCGAACGCUAUCAUAGUUGGCGUGAAGAAAGGUGGCACCAGGGCGGUUCUGGAGUUCAUACGGAUCCAUCCGGACGUAAGGGCUGCCGGUACCGAGACGCACUUUUUUGACCGGAACUAUAACAGAGGACUGGAGUGGUACAGAGGUUUGAUGCCAAGGACUCUUGACGGCCAAAUCACAAUGGAGAAGACUCCAAGCUACUUUGUCACAAAAGAGACGCCACACCGAAUCGCCGCAAUGUCCCGAAAUGCCAAACUGAUCGUGGUUGUGCGAGACCCCGUCACCCGAGCCAUAUCCGACUACACACAGACUUUAUCCAAAUCUCCCGAUCUGCCCAGCUUCCAGGAGCUCGCCUUCCGCAACCAGAGCACAGGCUCGGUGGACACAUCCUGGAAUGCCAUUCGCAUCGGCCUCUACGCCCUUCACCUGGAGAACUGGCUGCGCUACUUCCCUCUGGAUCAGAUCCACUUUGUCAGCGGUGAACGGCUCAUUACGGAUCCAUCCGGUGAGCUGGCGCGGGUGCAGGACUUCCUGGGGCUCAAGCGCAUCGUCACGGACAAGCACUUCUACUUCAACCGCACCAAAGGCUUCCCGUGCCUCAAGAAGCCCGAAAGCAGCGGCUCGCCGCGCUGCCUGGGAAAGUCCAAAGGCAGGACUCACGUGCAGAUCGACCGGGACGCCAUUGAGCAGCUGCGAGACUUCUACAGACCAUUUAACGUCAAGUUCUAUGAAAUGGUGGGUCAUGAUUUCAAGUGGGAGUAA